AUGGCGACGCUUAACGUUCUUGCUUUCGAUCCUGACGGUCGCCCGAUAGAGUUUACCACCUGGCUCGACGACCUGCAACUGUUUCUUCUGACUGAUGCCAAGGACAGUGUUUCACUGUUUGAUUACGCGUCUGGCACUGCCGUUGCUCCUGCUGACACUGCUCCUGCUCUUGACCGCUCACAGUGGCAGACCCGCGAUGCUCCUGCGCGCCUCGUUAUUGGCAACCAUCUGCCGAUCACAGAGCGCGCGCAUUUUAGCCAGCACAAGACUGCUAAGGCACUUUAUGACGCUGUAGUUGCACGCUACUCUUCCCCGGCCACUGCAGCCAUAGGUCGCCUUAUGCUACCCUACCUGUUCCCCGACCUGUCCUCGUUUACCACUGCUGAGAACCUCAUCUCUCACCUGCGCACUAGCGACGCUCGCUUUCGUACUGCCCUCUCAGACAAGUUCCUCGCCCAGAAUCAACCACCGAUGUACUUAACUCUCUACUUCCUUGUCACCCGCCUCUCUCACACUCUUCGCUCCGUCAGGGACCACUUUCUCGCGCUAGACCCUCCCACUCUCACUGUCGACGACUUCGAGAAGCACCUCCUAGCAGCCGAAAAGAACAUUCUCGCUGUAGUUGCUGCUCGUGGCACUCCUCGCACUCCCCUCUUUGAGGGGUGCUCCCCCUCCCCUCUUGCCCCCUCCUAUGCCUCCGCUGCUGCUGCUCUUGACUACCUUGGGGAGGUGGGGGUGGCGGUGGAGGAGGCGGUGGUGGAGGCGGCGGGGGAGGUGGAGGUGGUGGGGGUGGUCGUGGGGGCGGAGGUGGUGGUGGGGGCGGCAGUGGCACUGGGAGCGGUGGAGGUGGCAGCGGCGGUAGUGGGGGUGGAGGGAGCGGUGGUGGCAGCGGUGGUGGGGGCUGGAGUGGAUCCGGCCAGAAGGGGAGCUCCGGUGGUGGCCAGGGACAGCAGCAGCAGCAGAGCCAGCUGCUAG